AUGAUUUAUCAGGAACCGAACCGAAAACAACCAUUAAUGAAUAAUAAAUCUGCCCUUAAAAAGAUUAUUAAAACACAUUCAAAUUCAAGUAUUUCAAGUGCUACUACAACAACAACUUCAUCUUCUUCAUCUUCUUUGAAAAAUGUUAGAUUUGCUCCUGAAUUGACUACUGUGAAGAAUUUUUGCUCUAAUGAUGAACCUAUAUCAAUAUCAAAUGAAACUUCACCUUCAUUAUUACCUAUUGAACAUUCUCAUUUUAAAAAUUAUGACGAUAGGAAUGGUGACGAUGAUGAUGACGAUGAUAUUUUAUUGCCUUUAGAAAAUUAUCGUUUAAGUAAUAAUUUCAAUUACAAUUUUAACUUCAAUCUCCAUACAAGAAAUAAUAAUAAUUCCGAAUUAGAAUCAGAUUCAGAUUUAGAAUUAGAUUCAGAUUUCGAUUUGAAAUAUUUUGAUAAUUUAAACUUUAAUAAUUUCUUAUUGGAUACUAAUAAGAACAAGAAGAAGCCAUAUUGUCAUAAUAAUAAUAAUAAUAAUGACAUACAUCGUCUCAUUCCCAUGGAUGAAAUACCUUCAAUCAAACCAUUAUUAUCUGUAGAUACUACCACAACCUCACCUUCAUCAUCAAACGAUACAACAACUGAAGAAGAUGAACUUUUGUUAAACAUUCAUCAAAAAUAUGAUUUUAAUAUAAUAGAUUGGAAUUUAAUAGGUUCAGACGUUAAUGAAUUCAUUCCACCACAAAAACACCCAAAUAAUAAUAUUCAAAGUGAUAUGGAACAAGCAAUUUUCAUAUAUUUAAAUGGUCAAAACAUUAAAUUAUAUUCACUAUCACAAGACUACAACAGAAUGGAUCAAACUUCUUUUAAAUUGAUAGGUUACCUUGUUGUCAAUAAUUUGAAUUUCGAGAAAAAUAUUGAAAUUAAAUAUACUUUCAAUAAUUGGAAAUCAAUUCAUUAUUUAAUGGCAUACUAUAAUAAAUCAAUUACUAAAAAUAUUGAUGAAUUUAAAUUUACCAUAGAUUUGACAAGUUUGAAAAACAUUUUGAAAAAUCAAAAUUUAAUCUAUUGUAAUGAUAAUACUAAUGAUAAUCAUAAAAUAACAAAUUGUCCCCUAAAUAUGGAAUUAUGUUGCUGUUAUGAUGUCAAUAAUGAAACUUAUUAUGAUAAUAAUAAUUAUAAAAAUUAUAACAUUUCAAUAAUGGUCAAAACUGAGAAAAAAAUAUAUUCAUCUCCAGAAAUAUCAUCAUCAUCAUCAAAACAGAGCAUUACUAAACAACCAAACGAAAACGAAAACGAAAACGAAAACGAAAACAAUAGAUCAGGAAAACCUGUCAAUUCAGAUUUCUUAAUAUCAACUACCGUGACUCAUCAAAUUACAAAACCUGAUAAUUCAAGAAGAUUUACUGAUGAUACAGAUUAUUAUAAUACUUCUCCUUUGAAACAUUUAUAUCAUGAUGAUACAACUUUAAUUAAACCAACAAACUUAAAUGAAGUUAUAAUUUCUUCAAUUGAUGACACCCUUGAAGAUAAUGAAGAGUCAAAUGAUCAUACCGACAUAGUAUUUAAUGAUGAAGAAAAGAACUGCAACAACAAUAAGAACAAUAGUAAUGGUAUGGUACAAUACAAUAAUGUCCUCCCAUUCUUACUAACUGGCGAUCAUAAUGAUGAUGAUGAUAUUAGUUACUAUUGUAACUAUAACAACAAUUAUUCUUCCCCUCAUAAUGAAAAUCUUAUGCAUUAUAAUAAUUCUCUAUCUUCUUCUUCUUCAUCAUCUUCUGCUUUAUCAAUUAGCCAAAAUGAACUGAAUUCAUCAUCAGCAUCAUCAUAUUCUUACGAUUAUCCAUCUUUAUCGUCUACAUUCUUAAACACACCUCCUUCAUUAUCUUCCUCUUCAUUGUCUUCUUCAAUCACUGAUAUGACUCCAUUAAAUGGGUUGACUAAAAUGAAUUCAAAUAAUAGUAAUAAUCUCAGAAUAUCUUCAGUGAUAGUAGAUGAUUUACAAAGUGUUUUGUCUGAUUCAACUGAUACAAAUAAUAGUAACAUUAACGAUGACAAUAAUACAUACUAUAUAUCAAAUUUUGGAGAAAAUAAUGAUAAUUAUAAUGAAAAUUACAUGGCUUCGAAUAAUUCAGUGGAAACAAUAACAAUUGGUAAUAGGAAAUCUCCGCCUACAAUAAUAAAUGAAACAGAUUAUCAAUCAUUAUUGAACUCUUAUUGUUUUUAUGACCCAACAAUAACAGAUCUCAAUAAUAUUAAUGAACAAAAUGCACAUCACGAUUCAAUUGGAAUUUUCAGCUUCAAAAAAUAA